UUAGCAACUUCUAGGUAUGUGCGAUACCAUUUUAAUGAUAAGUUAGUUAUCCAUUCGUUCGCGUGUGCGCCUUGUGUAAACAGUUUAAUUAAAAUGGAUAAAUACUUUAAAGGAAAGAAGAUUUUAGUGACCGGUGGAUGUCAAGGAAUUGGACGCGGCACUGUUUUGGAAUUAUGGCGACAAGGCGCCAACGUUGUAACUGUUUCAAAUAACAAAGAAAAUCUAGACAAACUCAAAAAGGAAUACCCAACCAUUGAAGUGGCAUAUGUGGACCUUCGCGACUGGGACAAAACCAGGGAAGUGAUUGACUCGCUCGGAGUGUUCGAUGGAUUAGUAAACAACGCUGGAAUUGCGAUCGUCGAACCGUUUUUAGAAUGUGAUCGUGCCAGUUUCAGAGAGACAAUUUCAGUCAACGUUGAAGCUAUCUUAAAUGUUAGUCAAAUUGUCGCAAGAAAAAUGAUUGCAAAUAAUAUAAAGGGCUCCAUAGUAAAUAUAUCGUCACAAGCAUCGAAGGCGGCAUUACGUGACCACGUAGUAUAUUGCGCGUCAAAAGGUGCAGUGGACGCUAUGACCAGGGUGAUGGCUUUAGAACUCGGGGAGCAUGGUAUUCGUGUGAACUCUGUCAACCCCACAGUGAUCAUGACGGAACUGGGCCGGAAGGUGUGGUCCGAGCCGUCCAAGUCGGAAGGAAUGCUCUCAAAAAUACCUCUUGGAAGAUUCGGAGAAGUGCAAGAAGUGGUGACUGCCAUCCUGUUCCUGCUGGGCGACGGGGCCAGCAUGAUCUCCGGCGUCCAACUCCCUGUGGACGGCGGUUUCCUCGCCACAUAGUCAUUACACCAAAUAAAACCAACAUGAUUGUUUUA